UUGAGUAAAGUCAUAGCAGAUAAAGUACAUCUUAAUAUUAUAGUUGCCACUGCUCGCUGAAAACAUGCAAUCGCAACUCACAGAAAGAUCUCAGAGAAUUCUUCUGACAUAUGUUGCUUUGAAUAUUCUAAAUGCUCAAAUCACUUACAGUGCAAAAGGAACUGUACAAGAGGUUCACAUUGAUUCCAAAUUUGAAUGCAAAGCGUCGCAUCGAUUGAGCAUGAAAGCUUCAAGUGAGAUCCAGUGCGUCCAAAGAUGUGCAAAAAAUGAAAAAUGCGAGCUAUUGAAUUACAAUUAUCAAUGGAAGGAGAAAGGAAUUGAAGAAAAUUGCGAGAUUUACAUGCUUUCAAGGUAUGACAGUUCUUGCAAAACAGCACCGAAUAUGAAGGGAUGGAAAGCUGCUAUCUAUAAUGACACAGAACGCUGUCGAUAUCUCAAGUUCAACUUUUGCUUUCCAUGCAACUGCAAAGAAAGACGUUGUGCAAAAGGAAGAGCGUCAAACUGCACAUGUUUUGAACAUAGUCCAGUUUUCCCUGAGAUAUUUAUUUCGUUUGAAAAUGUACUUACCAACAAGACCGUAGCAUACGAGAGAGGGGCAGAUAAGCAAGGAAAUUCAACUGUCACGCUGAAAGGAAGUGCCAGUAUAGGACCAUCAAAGGGAAGGAUUGGCAAUGCUCUUCGUAUGGUUGGCAUCGAUCCUGGAGCUGUAAUUGGAGAAUUUAAAAAUCAUCCUUUAAACAACCCCAAGGGAAAAACAUUCACUUUUGCUUUUUGGAUUAAAGUUACAUCCGCCUCAAAUUCUUCUCAAAUUGUGGUUCGUUCCGGCAAGAAUGGCACUAAUAGUGACACUGGAUUUGCUGUGAGGCUGCACAACUAUGCCAGAGUUGUUAAAGUUAGAUGCAUAGAUGCUGGAAAAGUUGUGCUUCUGCAUCAGGACAUUGGAGAUACUUUAGCAAAGUGGACGCACAUUGCGAUAACAAAGCAUCAGGAUCAAUGGCUCAGCUUGUAUGUAAAUGGUAUUCAUGCAAAUAACGCUACCCAAGAGGUAACAAGCAGAAAAUCAUCGGCAACAGGAUACACAAAGUUGGCGUUUGGAGUGGAGAAACAGUGUUUCACUUUGAAUGGUGAACACUGCGGUUUGUACAUCGACGACGUUGCUUAUUGGUCAGUUGUUUUGUCAGAUGCAGAAAUCAAGCACGUUAUGAAAGAAGAUUUUGCGAGCUGUUUAGUAUAAGAAGAGUCAAGUAAGAAGAGGCUAUGUUUCUGCACACAAUUAUUGACGAUGGAUGUAACAGCGACUAUUUUCGAUUAGAAAAAUACAUUGUUGCAUGAACAAAUGAAUUUACCCAUAGUUUUUGGACAUUGUACCUCUUAUAUAUAGUAUUUUAUUAUCUUCUCACAGUCGUAUAAUUUUUAAGUUUUCUGCAGUCAAAUCAGGGGCAAGCGGUAAACGCGGGAGGGGGCAGGUUGUGCAGUACCCAUUGCUAGAAAAGUUUCAAGAUAUUUGAGCAGCCAAUGCUAACAAUGCAAGUGAAAAUGACUUUACAAAAUAUGUAAAAUAAUUAUAAAAAGUUAUCAUAGAAUGCAUUGAAAAAUGGCGUUUAAACAGGUGCUAAUACAGGUUUAGAAAAUACGUUUUCAAAUAUGAGGAUAUGAUAACUAAAUCUUCAAAUUUAUUGAUCAGUUAGAGAAAUUUAAUAUUCAGAUAUACGGAAAAGCUCUGUUAAUUGGAUUUAUGGCCAAAUGACUCAAAGGCAGACUCAGAGAGAUAAGAAAAAAACCAAGAAAUUUUAUGAGGACAUCUUCUUUAGCUGUAUAAUGUAAAAGUCGUUAAGACUUGUUUAAGCAAUGUUUGCAUAUUUUACGAAAACAAUUUUUUCCAUUUUAAAUUUCUCAAUAUAACUUGAAUAUCACUACAGAUAUAACAAGCAAACUGUUGUUAAAAUGAUAAACAAAUAUCUUAACCAAGGUAUGAUAUCGCACUUUUCUGUAAAAAGAAAAUAUCUUACAUAUGCUGGAUAUUUCAUGGAAUACGUUAAUUUGUUUAAAUGUAAAGAAACUAUCAAAUUCUAUGAUUUAUAGCAUUACAGUUGAUGCUUCUUGUUAUUUUCAAUUA